AUGGCUAUCAGGCAGAGGCCUGACGAGUCCAUGAGGAAUUUCAUGACCCGCUUCAACGCGGAGAGUCUACAAGUCAGGGACAAAGACGAAAAGGUGGUCAUGGCCGCCUUCGUGAAUGGGCUCAGGGUAAAGGAGCUCUUCUACAAGCUGGCCGAGAAGCCACCUAAAAAUCUGGAGGAACUUCUGACCAGGGCGCACGCGGCCAUUAAUGCGGAGGAGGCAGGCCGUCUGAAAAAAGAGUCAGAUCGGGAGCUCGAAAAUCGGAAGGGACGGACAAACCCCCUAGAGGGCAAGGAUGUUCCGACCAAGAAAAACGUCUUUGACCGGCUCUCGAGGGAGAAAGUCCCUGCUCCGCUGCCACUCCCGGAGAAAGGCUACACCCCUUUGACUCGGCCUAGGGCCCAGAUCCUAUCUGUCAUGGAGGCGGAAGGCCUGGGAGGUUGCCCCGGCCAGAAGCCCGGGCACACCUACCGCACAGAUCGGGGCGAAAGCCGGGGUCGCGACCGUCCUGAGAGGUGUGACGAGCGUCAGGGCCCCUCCCCCAAACAGGAUACCCAGAACCUGGCUGGAGUGAUAAACACCAUCGUCGGGGGCCCCACCGGGGGGGACAGUCACACAGUUCGGAAGAACAGGCAACCUCCCCCCGAGGAGGAUGACUCCCUGAAGCGGCUGCGCAUGGACGAGGAGAUCACUUUCGGACCAAGGGAUGCGGUUCCCCUAGCGUCCGGAAACCAUAAAGCCAUCGUGAUAGACAUUGUCACCAACAACUAUCGGGUGAAAAAGGUGUAUGUCGACCAAGGGAGCGCGGUUGACAUUAUGUUCUAUCGGGUGUUCAAGGAGCUCGGGUUGGAGGACGGACAGCUGACCCCAGUUCGGACACCACUGAUGGGCUUCACCGGACCCCCUAUCAAUUCGGAGGGAAUGAUCACCCUGAUGGUCACGAUAGGGCAGGCCCCCAAAUGCCGGACCAUCCCUGUCAAUUUCGUCGUGGUCAAGCAACAUUCCCCGUACAACGUGUUCCUGGGUCGGCCUGUCUUGAACGCUCUCCGAGCUAUCCCCUCAACGCUCCACCUAAGCGUCAAAUUCCCCAUUCCGGGAGGAAUAGCCGAGGUGCGCGGUGAUCCGGAGGUGGCCCGAGCUUGCUACCUGGCCAUGCUUCAAGGACGGGAGAUGGUGGUCGCCCAGACGACCUGCCUGGAGCCCUACAUUUCAGGGGAGGAAGCUCGGCAGUUGGGCACUCAGGACGAGAUAGAGGAGUUCCCCUUGAAGGAGGACCGGCCCGACCAGGUGAUCCGCAUCGGCUCGCUGCUAUCCCUUGAGCAGAAGGAGGGUUUGAAAGCCCUGUUAAGGGAAUACUCACAGGUCUUCGCCUGA